AUGGACCAAGAGCAGCUGCUGGAUGGUGGUCAGCCAGUGGCACACGCACCGCCCCCCGUGCUGCGGAAGCCCCGGGGCGGACAGUGGCCAGCGCUGCCCUCCCGCCUCCCGCCGGAGGAGGCCGUGGCCGCAGCUGUCCAGAAUGUGGCCGUCGCUGAGGGAAGUGUGGCCGCGCUCCCCCCAACACCGGGGCCCCCAUGCGGUGCCUCCAGCAGAGCACACCUGCGGGCCCUGGCUGCACCCCAGGAGGACAAGGCCAAACUCUCAGACACACGCUCCCCCAUCUCAGAGGGCUCUGAAGAUGGGCUUCUGGCCCUGGCCCCGGUCCUAGCCGGCGAGUUCCCCGACUCGGUCCCACGCGACACAGAGCUGCAGACUCUCCCUGUAAGCCCAGGACCUUCCUCAGAGCCCGUGGACCAGGUGACCACUGCACCAGAGAAGGAGAAGACCCAGGAAAAGCAGCACCCACGCGGCAAGGUGGAGCAGGUUUUGAGUGAUGGCCGCACCAUCAUCACGUUCCCCAACGGCACCAGGAAGGAGAUCAGUGCGGACAAGAAGACCACACUCAUCCGGUUCUUCAACGGCGACGUGAAGAAGAUCAAGCCGGACCAGAGAGUGGUUUAUUACUAUGCUGAUGCUCAGACAACUCACACGACCUUCCCAAACGGCAUGGAGAUUGUGCAGUUCCCAAACAAGCGGACUGAGAAGUUCCACCCGGACGGCUCGAAGGAAACGCUGUACCCGGAUGGCACCGUGACGCGUCUGCGCGGCGGCUGCGAGGAGACGGUCUUCCCGGACGGCACCGUGGUGUGCGUGCAAAGGAACGGUGACAGGACCAUCACAUUCAGCAACGGGCAAAAGGAGAUCCACACUGCUCACUUCAAGAGGAGGGAGUUCCCUGACGGGACCAGCAAGACCGUGUACGGCAGUGGCUGCCAGGAGAUUAAGUACGCUUCUGGAAGGCUCAAGGUCAGAGACCAGACCGGCAGUGUCAUCCUGGACCGGAAAGCCCAGCCCCCCGCAGACAAACACUGCUAAAGGAGCAGCUGCCCCUCCAUGGUCUUGGAGACGCCCCAAACUUUAGGAGCACACGCCACCUGGAAAUGGCCAAGAUCCCAGGUCCUGCUUGGGGCAAGUGCUCCGAACGGCUCC